AUGCCCGCCACUGUCAAGCGCCCUCUAUGGAGCCUGUUGCUCCCGCAGACCUACACGAGCCGCGUACACGCCUUGGCUUUUCAUGCACCCACUAUACUGUUCAUGAUCUCAGUCUGCGCUAUCGUUUCCAAGCAGUCGUAUUAUCGCUCAAACCUCGCGGACGAGGACCCCAAGACGUAUGACCGGAUUGACCGCCGCGCCUACGUAGCCCUCCCUGAUGGUCGUAUGGCGUUGGUGUACCCUAUUGUCGACACUCAGACGAGCCUUACCCGAACUGUCAUGUCCUUCAUGGAUGCGGUGAACCCAUUGCCGUAA